UUAAUUACAUAGACUAAUUUACUUAGGUUUAGAAGAGUAUAAAAACGAAGGGAAUGGAGAAGGAUUUUGAUUGAGAGAAAUCGCGAUGGAGAUAUUGGUGAGAAUGUCAAGCAUUGUGGUGUGCUUGUCAGUUUCUAGUGCUGUGUUGUUUCUUUUGAGCUCAAGUUCCGUUCAAGGGCUGCGUUAUGGACCCCCGAGAAGAUUCUUUAAUGGUACUGAUCAAUCUUCCGAUUUGGGAUCCGGAAAAGCGUUUAAAAAUGGUAUGGUGAGUGCACAUAUCAAAGAAAGAAGAGUCCAAGAAAGUGAUGGAGAAGGAGGAGGCUGCGAAAGCUGUAGAGGGAAAGAAAGAGACUGCGGUGGUUGCAACGGAAGAGAUGGGAGUCCAGGAAAUGGGGGAAGAGGAGGUCGUGGAGGCAAAGGUGGAGGACGAGGCGGCGGCAAAGGAAAUGGAAAAGGUGAAAGAGAUGGCAGUGGUGGAAAUGAAGAAUGCAAUGACCACAAAAGGAAGAAAAGAGAUAAUGGAAAUGACGACAAUGUUGGCGUUAGUAUUGGUAUUGGCAUUGGCGUAGGAGGUGGCCCUAGCAAUGGACCCUCAGUAGGUGGAAGUGGAGGUGGUGGCGGUGGUGGUGGUGGUGGAAAUGGAGGUGGUGGCGGUGGUGGUGGCGGCGGUGGUGGUGGAGGUGGAGGAGGUGGUGGUGGAAGUGACGGAGGUGACGGCGGUGUUGGAGAUGGCUCAGGACGUGGAUGGGGCGGUGGAUAUGGUGGGGGAGGCGGAGGAGGAUGAGGAUGGGGAUGGGGAGGGAACACAGGAGUGUGGGGUCCCGGAAAUAGCGGUGGUUGUUGGUUUCCCGGUUGUAAUAAAAAGUCAACGAAAGGUCAAAACUAAUCAAACGUGCUAAGACUAUAUAUUUUACAUGUCAUGGGUUACAUAGCUAUUGAAUUUCAAUAUGUGAUUCUUCUUUAUUUAGUUUCUUCGAUGCUGCUGGGUGCUUAUAAUUGGAUAUUCAACAAAAAUAAAUGAAUAAUAACACGACUUUCAUUUG